AUGGAUGAAGAAUAUGAUGUGAUUGUUCUUGGGACUGGUCUCAAGGAGUGUAUCCUUAGUGGUCUCCUCUCUGUCGAUGGCCUCAAGGUACUGCAUAUGGAUAGAAACGACUACUAUGGAGGAGAAUCAAGUUCUCUUAACCUCACUCAGCUAUGGAAACGUUUCAGAGGAAGUGACACUCCUGAAGAAAAUCUUGGAGCCAUCAGAGAAUACAAUGUCGAUAUGAUCCCAAAGUUCAUAAUGGCUAAUGGAACCCUUGUACAAACCCUAAUUCACACUGAUGUCACCAAGUACCUUAACUUCAAAGCUGUUGAUGGUAGCUUCGUCUACAAGAAGGGCAAGGUAAUCUAUAAAGUCCCAGCCACUGAUGUGGAAGCCCUAAAAUCACCACUGAUGGGUCUAUUCGAGAAACGACGUGCGAGAAAGUUCUUUAUCUAUGUACAAGACUACGAUGAGAAGGAUCCUAAGUCUCACGAAGGACUUGACCUCAGCAAAGUCACUGCUAGAGAGAUCAUCUCAAAGUAUGGACUAGAAGAUGAUACCAUUGACUUCAUUGGCCAUGCCUUAGCACUUCACAAUGAUGAUGACUACUUGGAUCAACCCGCCAUUGAUUUUGUUAAGAGAAUCAAGCUAUACGCUGAAUCUUUGGCACGAUUCCAAGGAGGUUCACCUUACAUCUACCCAUUGUAUGGUCUAGGAGAGUUGCCACAGGCUUUUGCGCGUUUGAGUGCUGUUUAUGGUGGGACUUACAUGCUAAACAAGCCUGAAUGCAAGGUUGAGUUUGAUGGUUCCGGAAAAGCUAUUGGUGUUACUUCAGCAGGAGAAACAGCUAAAUGCAAAAAAGUUGUCUGUGAUCCUUCUUACUUGUCUGACAAGGUUAAGAAAGUUGGAAAGGUGGCUCGAGCGGUGUGUAUAAUGAGUCAUCCUAUUCCAGACACCAAUGAUGCUCACUCAGUCCAAAUCAUACUUCCUCAAAAGCAACUAGGCCGCAAAUCAGACAUGUACUUGUUCUGUUGUUCAUACGCUCACAACGUGGCACCAAAGGGCAAAUACAUAGCUUUUGUGUCCGCAGAAGCUGAAACUGACAAUCCAGAGGAAGAACUUAAACCUGGAAUCGAAUUGCUUGGACCUAUUGAUGAGAUCUUUUACCAUUCUUAUGAUACAUACGUUCCCACUAAUCAACAAGAAGAAGAUAACUGCUUCAUCUCUGGCACUUAUGAUGCAACAACACAUUUCGAGAGUACAGUUGCGGAUGUACUAGAGAUGUACACCAAGAUCACUGGAAAGACACUUGAUUUGUCUGUGGACCUGAGUGCUGCGAGUGCUACUGCAGAAAACUAA